AUGGAACAUGAAAAACAAUUAAAUAAAGAAUUUAUUAUUAAAGACGAAAUAUUUAAAGGAACUGUUUAUGAAAUAGAACAUGUAUCAAUUAAAAAAGAAAUAUUAGAAGAACCUGUUGAAAUUAAACAGGAAGAAAAUCAUUGCAAUGAUUCGAUCACAGAAUAUGAAAAUGUUAAACUUGAACAACAAUUAAAUACAGAAUUUAAAAAUGAUUUAAUAAAACAUCAACGAACGCAUACUGGUGAAAAACCAUUUACAUGUGAAGUUUGUGGUAAGAAAUUUACUCAGAAGAGCUAUCUAAUUAAACAUAAACGUACGCAUACUGGAGAAAAACCCUUUACAUGCGAAAUUUGUGAUAAGAAAUUUUCUCAGGCAAGCUAUUUAACUACACAUAAACGAAUGCAUACUGGAGAAAAACCAUUUACAUGUGAAUUUUGUGACAAAACAUUUUUCCAGAAACAACAUUUAAACUCGCAUCUAAAAACACAUACUGGAGAAAAACCAUUUACAUGCGAAGUUUGUGAUAAGAAAUUUUCUGAUCAUAGCAAUUUAGUUGUUCAUGGACGAAUUCAUAAAGGGGAAAAACUUUAUUCUUGUGAAAUUUGUGAUAAAAAGUUUAGUCAAAAACAUCAUUUAACUGAACAUAAACGAAAUCAUUUUCGAGAAAAACAUUUAAAUGUGAAGUCUGAAACGGUUACUUUGGAACAUGCAGGAAUUAUUAAAAAAGAGUUUUCAGCGGAUAUUGUUACUAUUGAAAAUGUUUUAAUUAAAGAAGAAAUAUCCGAAAUAUAUAAAGAUAAGACAUUUUCUUGUGAAUUCUGUAAUAAAAACUUUACACAACAAAUAAAUCUAAUUAGACAUAAACGAAUCCAUACUGGCGAAAAACCCUUUGCAUGUGAAGUUUGUGAUAAGAAAUUUUCUUGUAAACACACUUUAAUUCAGCAUAAUCGAAUCCAUACUGGAGAAAAACCCUUUACAUGCGAGGUUUGUGAUAAAAAAUUUACUUGGAAAAACGAUUUAAUUACACAUAAACGAACGCAUACUGGUGAAAAACCAUUUACAUGUGAAGUUUGUGAUAAAAAAUUUACUCAGAAAAGCGAUUUAAUUAAACAUAAACGAAUCCAUACAGGAGAAAAACCCUUUACAUGUGAAGUUUGUGGUAAGAAAUUUACUCAGAAAUAUAAUUUAAUUCAACAUAAACUUAUUCAUACUGGAGAAAAACCAUUUUCAUGUGAAGUUUGUAGUAAAAGAUUUACUCUGCAAGGUAAUUUAAUUAAACAUAAACGAACACAUACUGGCGAAAAACAUAUUUCACGUGAAGUGAUCAAAUUUUAACGCCAACUUUACGAUGAUGCGCUUAUUUUAGUCUACGUUCAACAGGAUGCUGCACGAGCACUUUGAUACAAGAGUAAUAAGCUCUGGUAGAUGGCUUUCAAGAAUAUCGGAUUCAAGGACUCUUGAUUUUUCGAUGUUUGGAUAUCUAGAAAAAUGAAAUGUUCGACAUAAGAAUCCACAUCAUUUGACAAUAAAAAGUAGUACGGUCGUGGGACCCCGUUAGGAACGAAAUUCCUUACGAAACCUGUGCAAAAACAAGUGUAAAAUUUAAAUAAAUACUUAUAUACAAUUAACUUACUUUUCUAAAUCUGUAUUAUAAAUAUUACCUGUUUUUGAUUGCUCAUCUAAAUAAAAAUCCUCAUAUAUUAUUACAA